AUGUUGUUCAAUACAAUCAGAUUAUCUUAUUUACCCCCACAAAGAUUACGUCUCAUCUUAGCAAUCAAUAAUGAUAUUAGAGAUGAUAAAAAUAAUCCAGAAUACUUAAUAGCAAAACAAAAAUUUGACGAAUCUACUGAAUGCUGGAUUUGUAAAAAGCCAUUAGAUGUUUGUGAAUCAGUUGGUCGAUCUGUCAAUGCUCAUCAGAUAACAGUUAUUGCAGAAACAUUUGAGCGAUAUAAAAUGAUGAAGGUGGGUCAAAUGAAAUACAUUGAUAGUAUGCAGUUUAUGAAUUCAAGCUUGGCCAAACUUGCAGAUAAUUUAGGUGCUGUCAAAUGCAAGGAUACAGACUGCAAUCAUUACCAUAGAAUAGAUAAAGACCGAUGCAUUGGAACUUUGGCGAAUCAUAAAAUUACUAAACAAUAUUAUGAAAAAAUAGGAUAUUCACCAGAGCAAAUAGCAUUGGUAUGUAGUAAAGGAGAACUUCCAUAUGAUUAUAUCGAUUCUGAUGAUAGAUUCAAUGAAACUGAGCUUCCUCCAAUUGAGGCAUUUGCAGUUUUAAAUAAUAGAAAAGACUUGCAAAAGAGAUAUCUUAAAAUGAUUUUAAAUACUAAAGCUGAUUCCCCACGAGGGUAUUUCCUAAAUAUUAAGGCACAUUUUCCUAGCAAGUUACAUGAUUAUCUCAAUGACUUACCGCCUGCAGUUGAGAAUGUUGCAAUAAAAAAGAACCAGCUUAGUCCUUAUAAUAAUAAGAUAGUAGAAGAUUUGGAUGGAGGGCGAUUCUCUGAGAUAAAGAAACUAGUCACACAUCUUGUAUCCAAACCAUCUUUCAAGUAUGCUAGACAAUUAUCCAAUACUCUUAUUGGUGCUCAUAUGGGACAGGCAUCUGUAGUUCUCAAUAAACCGAUUAUUGUUGGUGCAUCAGUCUUAGGACUUAGUAAGUUACUAAUGUAUCGAUUCUGGUAUGGAUAUGUGAAAGAAAAAUAUGGUGAUAAAGCCAAGCUUGGUUAUAUGGAUACUGAUGGAAUGAUAUUUCAAACUGAGACUGAAGAUAUCUAUAAGGAUAUGGCAGAAAGACCUGAUAUUUUCGAUCUUACUGAUUCCAAAACUAUUGGUCUAUUCAAGGAUGAGUGUCCAGGUAAAAUAAUAACUGAAUCUAUCCAUAUUCGAGCCAAAACAUAUCACUAUGUUAUAUCAGACAAAUCUACCAAAUCAAAACAUAAAGGUGUUAGUAAAGGAGGUAUGAAUGAUUUAGCAAUCAAUGUUAAUACUAAUACAUAUGAUCAAAAAUUAGGUGGGACUUUGUUAGAUGAUCCAGUUCCUGAAAGUAGAAUAGUAGAUCCUAUGACUUUGAUAUAUCGAGAUUGUCUCUUUGAAAAUGAAGUAUUCCAUGCAAAGAAUAUCGGAUUUCGAUCUAAGAAUCAUGUAUUAUCAUUGGUUGAAUCUGAGAAAAAGGCUCUAUGUCCUCUUAAUUCAAAGAACUGGGUAUUAUCGGAUGGAAUCACACCUUGGGCAUAUGGUCAUUGGAGAAUUGAUGCUUAUAAAAGUAUGGUUAAAGCUGGUAUAUCUCCGGAGAUGGCCGAAAAAAGAGCAAUAGUAGCUCAGCAUCAUCCAACAUUAGAAAACAAGUAUAUGGUAAAUCCAAAACUAUUAUAG